GACCACUGGUGCGGGAGGGCCGGGAAAGAUGGAGCAUUCAGAUGAUCUUGAUGAAUAAAAUAAAGCAGACAUAAUUCGCCUCUAAAAAGAUUAUACUCUGGUAUUUGAAGUGCUGUGUGUCUAGAAUAGUAGUAAAAAUGGAAAAAGAGAAAGUAAACGAUGAUGGACAACCAGACCCAGAGAAUUCCUUGGACUUUUCUGAACACUUUAACCAACUCGAGUUGUUGGAAACACAUGGACACCUUAUCCCCACUGGUACCCAAAGCCUCUGGGUAGGGAAUUCUGAUGAAGAUGAGGAACAAGAUGAAAAGACUGAAGAGUGGUAUCAAUUGCAAGAAAAAAAAAUGGAAAAAGAUCCAAGCAAAUUGCUUCUUUGGGCUGCUGAAAAAAAUCGGCUGACUACAGUGCGGAGACUCCUUUCUGAAAAGGCCACUGAUGUGAACACUAGAGACGAGGAUGAGUACACCCCUCUUCAUCGAGCAGCCUACAGUGGACACUUGGAGGUUGUCCGCGAGCUCAUUGCGCAAGGAGCAGAUGUUCAUGCAGUGACUGUGGACGGCUGGACACCCCUGCACAGUGCUUGUAAGUGGAACAAUACUAGAGUAGCUUCUUUCUUACUUCAGCAUGAUGCAGAUAUCAAUGCCCAAACAAAAGGCCUCUUGACCCCCUUACACCUUGCAGCUGGAAACAGAGAUAGCAAAGAUACCCUAGAACUCCUCCUGAUGAACCGCUACAUCAAACCAGGUCUGAAAAACAACUUGGAAGAAACUGCAUUUGAUAUUGCCAGGAGGACAAGUAUCUAUCACUACCUCUUUGAAAUUGUGGAAGGCUGCACAAAUUCUUCACCUCAGCCUUAAUGGUUCUAAUCAUUUAGUACCAGUGCCUCCUUUCUGUGAGAUGUCAGAAAUCCCCAUAAUACAAAGUUGACAUCAAAAGUCUUACUACAAAAAUUCAGUGGUACUCAUUAUAUCCUUCCAAGUGAAUUGCCUGACCUUGAUGUCAAAAUGUAUUUGAAAGUUGUUUGGUUAUAUCUAUAAUGAUUUCUGUAGAAUGUGUGAUUUUUAUCAAAAAAAUUUUACUUAUACUUAAAAUUUUGUCACAGGUUGUACAGAAAACUAGUGAUAUUUUUGGUGCUGAUCCAAGAAAACUGUAUUUUUAAAUAUCCCUAUCCUGAAUUUUUGUUGAGUAUUUAGUAUAUUGACAUGUAUUUUUAUAAGGUAAGGUAACUCAGAAUUCAAUUUAAAAGUCUUAAAUGUACUGGUGCAGUUCAGCUGUCAUGUCUUUGUUACUAUAGCCAUUUGCUUUCACUUUAAAGCAUAAGAACUAGCAUAUUAUAGUGACUUGAAUCUUUAUAAGUUAAUAAAAUCAAGAACCUAGAUCUUUGUCUUGAGAACCUUGACCAUUUUCAGGAAAGUAGUUAGCUGGGUGUUUAACCCCUGGAAGUUAUAUACUGCCUCCUGUACCACAAGUCACACAGUCCUACCUCACCCUGAUCCACCGACAUACUCCUUAUUCUACUGUGAGUCAGCAUGACUUUUAGACAUGCCCACAACUACAGCUUGGUCUGCGAGAUAAUAUAUCUGCUACCCCACUGGUUUUACCUGCCUAAUCCUGCUGAUAUGGGCACAGCUCAUGUAGCCUGUCAAGUUCACAGGAAGUACUGAUUUUCCAGGGUCCUCAUUUUAUACAAACCAUUCAAAGGCCAAGUGACAAAUGAAAAGGAAUUCUAAGAGUGAGGGGAUGAUUAUUAUAUCGGGGCUAGAACCACACAGUGGCUCAGGCUUUUUAAAAAAGCCAUAAUGUGGAUAGUGACAAAAGCAUAAAUAUAUUCAAAAAAAUAAAAGUUUCAAACAAAAAAGGCAUGAGUUCUUUUUUUAACUGUAUAUAGCUUCCUUGAAUCCACAGCGUAUUUAUUCAUCCAGCACACAUUUAUUUAGUAUCUACUCUCUCAGUCUCUCUAGCAGCGGUUUCCCAUUGACUACCUAGCCCUUCUGGGCCUAUUCCCGAAGGCUUUUCUCUUCUCCACACCAGAACUAACACUAGACAGAGGGCACUAAACUAGUGGCCCUCUAUUUCAGUUAAACAUCUGCCAGGGUCUGUCUAUUUUGAGCCAGCCCUUUGUGACCUGAUCACCCUAGACUAAGUAAUAAUGUUAUUUAAUCAAAUAUGUGUGGCAGUUUUUAGAUUAGAACAAAAUUGGAUGAUCUCUGAAAAGUAGGAUCUCAAGAGUUGGGCGAACUUCACUUAUUUUGUGAUAUCUGGCAAGGAGAUGCCUGGGUUUCAGAGUACCAGUAUCUAUGAUACAAGGGUUUUGGCAGAAAGUGAGGGUUGCUUUCUGUUUAAUCUGGCCCAAUUUAGUGAUACCAUAUGACAGGUACAGCUAACAGACUGACAGUACAACAGGACCCCUUCUAUCCCAGUAAACUGCUAAAUGAGUCUGCCUAGUUAUCUGGAAGGCAAAGGGCACAUGGCUCUUUUCUUAAUUGGGAAUGAGUUGCAUCCAUGAUACAAGCUUUCCACUUAGAUAUAGGGCCAAAGAACCGCCUUUUUUCUGAUCAGGAGUUGAGUUGAGAUGUAACUACUCCCUGGUUUUCAGGCCUCAACACUCAACUAGUGCUUGGAAAUCCCUUCCAUCCCUGAGGGCAGAGUUUAUAUAGCUUGCUUCCUUUAUACUUUUCUUAGUAGUUACUGUACUCUGUCUACAGAAGGCAUUCACUAAUCAUACUUUUGACUAUAUUACUUACCUGUACUUUCUAGUUUAUUUUAAGAAGGCUAAAUAGCUCAAUUUGCAAACAAAAUUUUCUCUUAUCUUGUACAGUUUAUCCAAAGACUUUAAAAAAAAAAAAAAAUCUAUGAUUUUCAUAACUAAGGCCUUAAUUGUGAUUAACAUAUAUGCCUAAAUAGGUGACUUUUUGUCAUUCUUUAAGGGACACAUAAUAAUUCAUAGGCCCACAGUGAAAUUAAUUGGCUUUGUGGGGGGCGGGGGGUUAAUCUUAAAUACAAUUCUCUGGAGAGCUUUCUGGCUCACAACCUACCACAGUGACAGGAUUUAGAGUCUUUAUUUUAUGGAUGUGAAAGCAUCCAUUUAUU